GCAGACUCUACGACAAGGUGGUGUCACCGUGGCGAUCUCGAGUCCUCCGGCCCUUUCUGCCCGCCCUCUGCAGAGAGACGCAGGAAGUGCUAGGCCCAGAUCAGGGUCCAGACCGGUGGUCCAAGUACACUGGCUUCGACUCUUUCUCUGAGGAUGUCGCGGAGGCCAUGGAAGUUCAAGAGAAGAACCUCGUCAGCUGCGAGGAGAAGUGCGUGCGCCAGGGAUUCGGUGGCUUCGUCGUGGAGCCAACUGAUGAGCCGGGAAUGGUAAAGGUCUGCUUCAAGCAGCAAAGCCCGCAGACACUGGCCUCUUUGAGACGCAGCUCGGCCAACCGGACGCUCCAUGUGAGACCAAUCGGCCGGAUGCCAAAGAGAUCGCAGGCUGCGGAGGAUGGAGAUGGAAAAAACUACUCCUGGGAUGCGUGGGUGGCCGGGCUGAGCGUUCUGGUUGCCGCAACCAGCGAUUCUCAGAAUGCUGCUCUUUGUAUCUCUUCCUUUGAUGCUCAUCUGGCGGUCACGAAGCAUGAGUCGGACAACCAGGGCUUCACCGAGGCGGCGCUGUUGGGCAGCAGCGAGGCCAACAACGCAUUCGUGCGUCUCCUCCAGCUUGCAAGGAACCUCAUGCAAGCCUUCGGUGAUGCUGGUCUCAAGGCUUCUCGACAUUUCUUGACAGCCAAGCUCCACACCAGUUGCUGGUCUCGAGCACGAAGGCGGCUUCAGGAGGGCGGCUCGCCUUUGCCCAUCUCGCGCCUGAGCGAGAUGCCUCCAGAUGAUGUUGCGCUGAUCUCGGAACUCGUGGGAGUCCUGCACACAAUGAUCAAAUGUGGAGACGCAGAGAUCCGCGAUCAAGCGAUGAAAGACAUUCUGGCUGAGAAUGGCAUGGAUGUCUUUGACAUGCUUCUGGAGGUAGCGGCUUCAAGUACAAAUCCUGAUCCUUUCUUCUUGGCAAUAUCGUACGAAACUAUUUACGUCUUUCUGCAAAGUACCAUCAUGAGACCUCGCGUGCUCAACCAGAUCAUCAGUCGCUUGAGGGAGACGGCUAUUCUGCUUCCAUAUAUUCGGGGCCCGCACAUCAAAGAUGUUCCGAACGAGAAGUACAUGCAGCUCUGGUGCAAGUGUGAGUUGAAGUACGGAAUGCAGAACGAUGCACGGGCGAGACUCGAAAAGCGAUACAAGAGCGAAGAUCCAGAUGAGCACAGCCUCUGGCGUGAGUUGGUUCCGGAGAUCCGGGAACUCCAGAAUACGAUGAUGCAUCGAACGCUCCUGGGCAUUGUGAAGAUCAUUCAGCUGCUUAGUGAACUCGCGCGUCAUGACGACAGCCAGAGCUUGAAAAUGGUGACGGAUUUACUGAACGCAAACGAUCGAGAACGUCUCUUGAUCGGCCCAACCACUGGCCUUGUGACCUGCCCGGACUUUGAUGUCAGGGUGGAGAGCUUGAUAUGCAUUCGACAUGUGCUGGAAGCCACACCGGACCAAUUCGACUUGGAGGAGAUGGGGUGGCUCUUGAACUACCUGACGUCUGUGGGAAUGGGCAUUGGCAGACAGGGCCAGUUCUUGACUGAGGUCAUUGACUUGAUCAAGAUGUUCGUGAGAAACAAAUCUCGCACAGGUCAGAGCUUCCGUAGCAAGUUUGCAAAAUAUGCCAUCCGGGAGUGCUUCGAGAUGCUCACGGUGAACAGCCGGAGAGAAACACAUGGCAACAAAGAGGAAGCAAAAGCCAAAGCUGAUUUGACUGCGAAGAUCACGGAGCUGCUGAAGGACUGCUCAAGGCCUUUGUCAGGCGGUCUGCGGAAAUUUCUUCGGCGAGUUGAUUUGCUGCAGUCCAUUCGGGAGGUGCUGCAGCAAGAGGAGCGUACCAGCGGGCAUAGCGCGCCAACUCAGAUCCUUGAGAUUUGGACUGGACGAGACAUCCGCCAGGUACUUCUGCCAAUUGUGACAAGUCCUGCCUUCGAAGUCCACGGCUCCGUGGUUCAUGCAGCUUUAAUGCGGCUCGCUGACGUCAUUCAGGGUAAGCCAGACUACAUGCACUCCGACAUACUCCAGGAUGUGCCGCCAACGGACGAAGCCGAGCCAUGGCCCGGCUUGACCACACUCUACAGGAAGGACUAUCGGGAUGCCAUCGAGAACGAAGACAGUGCUUACCAGCAGGAGUUUUUCGUCAACAGUCGUGGCUUAGAUCCCUUGUUGGACUUUGCUCAUCGAUACUUCGCAGCGAAUGAAGAUCUCAACAUAAUUCUGAACAGGGUGCAGGAUAAGCUUGCACAGGAACUUGGCGACAAAGAAAGGAGCCUCCGAGCAAAGUGGGAAGGCCAUCAAGAAAGUGUUCGUCAAGCUGAGGCAGAAGUGAAGACAACGCAGGAGGAACAGACGAUGUCCGAAGUUGUUCAGGACUGCUUGACAGCGCGCCUACGUGCUCUAAAUGAGGGGGCAGCUGCACAUUUUCGGUGCAAUCUCAACCAAUACGACCAGAAGAAGCAAGAGUUCUCCUUGUCAAAGCUUGCCAAAGUCUACCAGAAUUAUUGGAAGGAGAAUGAGAACCGUGCAAAUCAGGAGGUGCAAGAGCGAAGUGAUGCCAUCUAUGAGCUUCUCCGCAUCCCAGAUAAGAUUGCCAUUGAUGGCCAGUUGAAGGAUGUUCAGGAUCUUGGGCGAGUUCCCAAAAAGCAGCGGCGACUGCGUCAGCCGCACCGGGACUUCGACAAGCUGCUAUAUCAAGCAACAAGAGUGCAUAAGAUCAUGAAGACAAUGCUUUGUGAUUCAGCCAAGCGGGACAACGUUGAAGUGGCCAGGUGGUGCCAAUAUGAGCCUGAACCUAACGGUCCGCCAAACGUGCUUGCUGCCGGUCUUCUCGAUUUCCUGCAAGAAAGCAAGGCCUUGGCCAUCGACGCAGGAUUCCGGCCGCGUGAAGAGCUCCUAGUUCUUGACAAGUACAAGUACUUCAAGCGCCAUGACCGGCGCACCAAUCUGUCCUUGAUCUUCUUGGAGUUCCCAGACGCGCGCUGCCUGCUUACAGCCCUCCAAGAGUUCUUAAAGCGGGCGCAGCGGCUGUUCCUGUACCAGGUACGAAACCACUUCCGCAUCGCCUCAAACUUGGGUGAAUAUUACAUUGCCUUGAAGUUUCAGCACCAGCUGCCGGACUCCUCGAUUCAUUACUCAGAGCUGCGAAUGACUCUAAGCGGCAAGUCCAAGAAGAUGAACACUGUCCAGCAAUAUCGAGAUACAAUGAAGAAAGCGGAAGAGAUCCUCCAGAGUAGCUGCGACGUCCCAGCCUCCGAGACUGCGCUGGUCGCCCAGUACAUCGCGAACAUGUUGAGAAGCCGUAGCAUCUACCACUCGGAUAUCAUCUUCCUGCGCUGCAAGGACAUCAAUUUGGAGGUGGAUGGUGAGGAAGUUUUUGCUCAAUCAGCUGAGCUGACAAGUUGCCAGCUUUUCGUGAUCGAGAGGGAGGCUGGUGAGGGCGUCGUGAAAGCCAAUGACCGAGUCCGACUGAAAUCCAAAUUCACACAAAAGUAUUUGGAUGUGCAUGCCAGUGGUCAUUUGAGAUGCCGUUUGCCCGACUUCACAGAGGAUUACGACAUGACAUUCACAGUUGAAACGGUGGGAUGCAGAGAUGACUAUGCCCUAAAUCGAUGUGGCCUCAAGGGCAGCUUGACAGAGUUCCGCAGCGUGCAUGCGGAAACUUCCUUGAAGCUCAAGGUCAGUGCCGCUAAUUGUGUGACCGUGAGGCAGGGUGCCAAUUUCUUGACGUCCUUCGGUGAAAAGCUUGCCGUGAAAAGCGAGCCGACUGACGCAGCGCAUGAGGCUGGCCAAGUCUUCACAAUCUACCGGGACGGAUCUGUACUACUUGACUUUCACGCGGUCUUCAGCGGCAGCAGUCGUGCUGCAAUCAGGACUUUGGCACAAGAGACUUCGGAUGAAGUUCUUCAGAAGACCAUGAUGGAAGCGCACAUGCGCACGGAGAUUUCCAGAGGAGAGGUGGAUGUUGCAAGCACAUCCUUCCAGAAAGUUCCGCCAGAGUUCAAGACAAUGAUGUGGAGCAUUGCCGGGCACUUCCGAAGCAACAGCGAGAAUGCGAAGCGUGCCUCUCUGGAGGCUUCAACUUUGCACAAACUUUGGACGAGAGCGGCCAAGAAUCUUGCAGCUAUCCUGCGAUGCAUAUACAUGCUGAUGGAAGUGCCGCAAUGUGCUGGUGCUUCGAGGUACGUCCUGGAGACUUUCGGUACACGGAUGACGCAGCACUCUCCGCUGCCAAGGAUUAUCGCUCUCGUCUCAGCUGUUCAGAUUGCACGCAAGGAGAAGAUGCCAGAAGGCGAGCUGGAUCUUACCUGCGCGCUUUUGCCGAAGAAGUUCAUGCGCUUUUGCGCUGCUGUGUUAGCGAACCUCUGGGUCUGCCAGCGGCCAGAUGACAGCGAGGCUGUGUUCUCGGUUCCGCGGGAGCAAGAGCGUCAUGAACGAGAGCUGGCCACCACAGAUCGCGAAAGAAUGCAUUUGCUCAGCGUGGUGGGCUCCUACGCUUGCGAUAUGGUAGUGAAGCCGAUGCUCGAGAAGUUGAGGGUAGCAGGACAAAGACCUCUCAGUCGAAACGAGGUGCUCGUCUUCCAGGACUUCUCGAAGCUUUGCCUUUCGCUUGUGCAGGGCAUCUUCGACAAUGAAAUGCGAUGUUUGUCUGCUUCGUCCCAGGCUCACAACCAUGGCUCCACGGCGAUUCUUGACAAGGACCGAGCUGGAUUCGGAGAUGGAACUCCUGCACCGAAGGGAGAUGCCUUGGUUCCACAAAACGUAGACAGCGGACAAGGAGACGGGCUGAACGCAAAUGUUCUCCUUUCAUCCAAUGCGGACAAGCGUGCCUCCAACGCCUUGUCACAGGAUGCUCGAGCAGCCGUGGUGUCUGACAUCAUUCCUCCCAUUGCCAUCAAAGCCCUCGUGCAUCUCUUCCUGUAUGCUUUGCAUCAGGAAGCCAUUGCGUUCAGAAGUGCAACAAGGGACACAGAGGUGCCUGUUCGUGUUAUUUCUGGCAUCAUCAAUCAGUGCAUCGCAGCACUUGCUGCGCUCAUGAACCUGACUGGCAAGUCCAACGCAGAGCUGCGUCCCACAGAGGAUGGGCUGGAUGCGGAGAGCUGCGACUACGACGUCUGCGAAGCAAUCUCUCAAGCCAUGACGGAAGGAGCUCAGCUGGUUCCCCGAGCUCGAAUAGCGCAACUACAGGCAGAGAGGGGUGCAGACUGCCUUCGAUCGCAUGUGCAACAAAUGAUGGAGGAGGGACAAUUGGACUUCUCUUCCAGCCAGAAAGGUUCGAAGAAAAAGUUCAACACGGAGAGGGUCAGCACCAUAGCGUUUGUUUGGACACGGCUCGCUGGAGACUUGCAGGAUUCCCGAUGCCUGCUUGUUACCACCACGCGUUUCCGAAUGAUGCUUUUGCGGGUCCCGGCAAACGCAUCAUCGAUGCCUCAACAUGUCGAUUUGCAAAUUGUAUCUCCGCCACGCAACAUGCAAGACUUGAAACGCGUGGUCGCUGAUUUGAGGAUGCGGCAAAUUGUCUGCUUGGUCUGGGAGGGAGACGAAGGAGCACAAUUCCAAUUGCUCGUCUUUGAGAGCUCAGCACGUCGUCGUGUCUUCCAAGAGGCCUUGCGUAAAGUCCCACGGAAGCAGCAGGCAAUUGGUGAAGAGCCAAGGAAAGAGACAGCAGCUGUCCGCGCUCGUGGGCAUGGCAUUCUGGAAUCAGCAGUUAAGCCAGCUUCGCUGGAGUCCCUGCGAGAAACAUGUCAAGUCCGAAGGGGUGGCAUUCCACUUGUUAGUGUCUCCUUUGUGCAAAGCUCGGGCGGGUCUGGCUUGGGGGUGCAGCUGGACAUGCUGGUCCUAACCCGAUGUAGUGUGACUGUUGUCUCUUUCAGCAGCUUCUGGUCCAAGUUCUGGAGGAAGGACGAUGAGAGCUACUACGAUGAGGAGGUCACGCAAGCCAGCCUGGACACCGAUUCGGAAGACGACCGUUUGCCACCCUUCAGCGAAAACGUAGUUGCCACUUCCAACGACCACGCGGACAAGUGCGAGGCCUUGCACGGUAGCCCUUGGGACCUGGACGACUUGCAGGGUGUUUGGUUUCUUUCUGAAGCGAGUCCCAAGGUUCGACUACAGUUUGGGUCCACCAUCGAGAUUACCUUCUUGAGUGAUGGUGAACGGCAGCGAUUUCGCCGACAUUUGGCCACCAUACUAUCGGAAGGUGCAGAACCUCGUGCAGGCAAAACCUCACAGGCCUGGGCAGUUGUGCCGACAGACAAAACGGACAUCAAGAGCAUCCAGAAAGAAACUGGGGCCAUGCAGACCAGCGCUCAAUUGGCAUUGACGCGAACCUGA